GUACUUUAUUUUUAUACACAAAAGAAAUCUUCCGGUAUUACUCCGUCUAAGAAGAGACAUGAUGGUAAGAAGCAAGUAAUUAAAGGCCCAAACAAGGAUGAAGAUUGAAGUGCAGUACCGACUGAAACCAAAGCUAAAACCAAAGCUGAAAUCGUUGUACGAUUGCCUCGACCGCCAGUCCUAAUCUGCCUACCUGCUCUUCCUUCUAUGCUUGCAAUCGCCUCUCCUCUAUUUCAACUUCCCCCGGCGCUCUUCAUCCGUAAGUUCUUCGAUUCCUUUGACUUUCUCUCUCUAACCAUCAGUUUGUUUAUCCCUAAGGAAAUGGUCUUGACUUUUUCCGGCAAGGCUGAGUUCAUUAGGCUUGUCUUCAAUUUUUAUAUACCUUUUAUUAUGAUUUGUUUUUUGGCUUUGAAUUUGAGAUUGAAGACCCAAAAAUGGGCCGUAUUUAGGUAAAAUUACAUUUCUAUUUAAUAUUGAAAAAGAUUUAUACUCCGUACUAAAGUUUUGAUUUUAAUUUAAGUUUUGAGUAGAGUUUGCUUAACUUUUUUGAAACCAGAGAUAGCUAGAGCACGUGUAGUUAUGUCGAACUAUACCAAUUGGGGAAUGUGUACAAGGUGUUUGUUAAAAUGUCUCCAUGAGAUUUUCUUGUAAUUGGUGUAGUAACACUUUUGUAGAGCUCAAGUAGCAGCAGCAGCACCUUGUAAUUGUAUUUGAUAAAUUAUCUAAUAAUCAUAAAUAAGAUUGGAAAAAUAUACCUUUUAAUUUCCUCUACUUUAGGGGUUGAUGGAAUCAGUACAAACUCUGUAACAUUAUUUCAGUAGAAGAAUAAUGAUUUUUAUGAUGUCUCAGUCUCUCAGACUUUAUAAUAACCCUUCAAUAGGUGGUUUUUACUGUGAAAAUUAUCCUUAUGACAUUUCUUCAAAAAACCAGGUGCAUAUUCAACCAUCCCUAUUACUUAACUAAUAUGUUAUCAACAAGCAGUGGCAGAUUUAGAAUCCGAUUUAAAAGUGUUCAAUGUUUUAAUAACUAUUAAAAUUUUAAAGAAGAAUAAAUAGAUUUAUAUUAAAUUACACAUAUGUACUUGCAUGAUUUUUUAAAUUUUUUAAAUUACACCGUAGAACACUACCACAUCUGCCACUGCCAACAAGCUUUAUCAUAGAAAGUCCAGAGCAUGAUCAUCCAAAUGGAUAUGACAAAGGCAUUUGUAGUCUCAUUGGAGUUCUGGUUUUUUUUUAUAAAAAUUUGUUUAUAGCUCCAAUCAUUCAUCUAUUUGUCUCAGGCUGUCAGCCAAAAGGUGGAUUGCAUAUUCUGAGAUGAAGAAAGAAUAUACUUAAAUAGUUAAAUUAAUUGCAGGUUGUGCAUUGAAAAUUUGAUGAUUUCUCGUGUUACAUUAAUGAAAGUUCAUAUAAACAACUGUUUACAUUUACUAUGGGCAACUUGAUGUUGUUUCUACCAAGGUAAUGUUAUCACCCACACCUUUUCCUUUCCUCCAUCAGUGAUGGUGUGUCGAGACAUAAAAGCAUUGUUCAAUUGAAACAAGAAGCUGGCUAGUGGUGAGGUGUCGAGACAUAAAAGAUUUGUUCAAUUGAAACAGGAAGCUUGUUAUUUUCUUUUCCCUUCUAUGAAUCACAUCAACAAACCCCCGAAUCGGCUAUGACCCUAUUUUGCAGAAACAGUACAUUAUUUUGUCGAUCUUGUGUUUGUGGCAUAUUUGUCUCCACUCUCAAAGAACUGCCAAGAGCCCAAGAGGUUUCAUCCCUGUCCCAGAAGGUGAAGCUAAUCACCGCUGAGAGAUUCAAGUUUGUAAUUGAUAUGGAGGCUACUAUCGUUUCUCAGACUAUCAAAACAUGCUCACUUCUCCUGGAUCAGUUAUUCUUUAUCUUGCUUCCUUUUUCUUCAUUUCUUUCAAUCUUGUGUAUUAUUCUACGGAAUUUCACGCUCAUCAAUAUCCUUCCAGAAAUUUAUUCUAAUCAGUUUGGGUUUGGUUAUUUGUGUGUUCUUGCAGGGAGGUUCACAGACUGAGCACCGAGAGGUGACUUUUCCUAAGAUCACUACCACCAUUUUCAAGAAGAUCUGCCAGUACUUUUACUAGGACGGUGGCACCUUCAGUUCAGGCCGGGCAAGAGGUUUCAUUCCGGUCAGAGGCCCCUCAGCCAAAGGAAGGAUGGGCUCCGCACGGCUUUGCCCCAGCAUGCCCUUUCGACAGGGCUGCUGCAGCGGACUAGCUCCCCCUCAAUACCGACUCUCUUCUCUGCCUUCGGACAAACGGCUAGCGUCCCUCAACAAUCGAAGGCCAAGAAAACGGCAGAAAAAAAGAUUGCUCAUCAGCGCCAAGAACUUCCAAAGAUAGCUUCAUGCCUUCACCUUCUGGACGGGGACUCUUUCAUAGAUGGUGGUGUGGUUUAAAUGUAUUUUUGGAUAUUAAUAUUUAGAUUUGAUGGAUUCUUUGACCCUUCACUUGUUCGAUCACAAAUCUUGUUUUGUACAUUAAUGUUAGUAUUCUUUAUUAAAAGUUAUAUUAAAGACGUUUAAUAUAUAUUGUUAUUAUUAAACUGA